ACAGCAACAGCUAAGCGUAUGCCUUCAUUCCUUUCUGAGGACAAACAAGCACGGCUUAUUGAAGCGGCCUAUAGAUGUUGUUUACAGAUAGGACUGUCCGAUGGUACUUUUAAUGUCGACUUUACAGUGACCGAGAAUGGACCGAAGCUACUGGAAAUCAAUUCGAGGAUGGGUGGAUAUUGCUUACGGGAUUGGUUGAGGAAAUUGUACGGUAUAGACAUCAUGCUAUGCUCUAUGAUGAUUGCAGCUGGUAUUUCUCCCUACAUACGUACACCCCCUAUAGAUAAAAUACUUAUUGGUGUUAUGGUCAUACCUUCACUGCAUGCUAAAAUAUUAAAAGAAGAGCCUCUUAGAAACCUGCUGUAUAACAUGAUAGAGAAAGAGGAGAUUUUCUUUGUACAGUUUCGGAAACUUAGUGAGAAUGUGCCUUCUUACGACAAACCUUUCGGCAAUAUAGCUGCUUCUGGUUCCACGUCAAAAGAAGCUAAACGAAAGUUGAUGGAAGUUUGCCGAGUGCUGGACAUUGAUCAACCAGACUAUCAAGUGAAGCAGUUAAUCCAUCAUUUUUAGAUGAAUAGAUAUGUUAUACUGUUGUAUUUUCGGGCAGAUAAGUGAAUAAGACAGUCUUUUACAUUUAGCAAAUAUAUGUUAUCUAAGUGUCUGAUAAAAGUCAUAUUUUAGAGUAAUGUGUUUUCUGGUAAUAAACGUUUUAUAUAACCAAGCCGUUGUCAAAAUUUUGA